CUUGCUUGUUUGCAAAACCAAAGAGCACUGCUGAAAAUUCAUCAGCAGAAUAAUCGGACGGCAUACCGAAAAUAUCACAACAGAGACGGAAAAAAGAACAGAGGCUUCCUUUCAUCUAUUCUGCGGCCUGAACUCCUCCAGAGUCAGGCGUGCACGCAUUUCAUCUUCUUCCUCAUCAAUUGUGACGCCGAACUCCUGUCUCCCUCUGCUGAGGGAGCUCCUGCUGUUUAAACUUCUGCUGUCCAACACACGAAAGCAGACUGUUGGAAUGUCUUCUAAAUCUCAUCCUCCUCUGAUGAAGAAACACAGUCAGACUGAUCUGGUGAGCCGGCUCAAGACGCGCAAGAUCCUGGGCGUCGGUGGGGAGGAUGAUGAUGGAGAGGUGCAUAGGUCAAAGAUCAGUCAGAUGCUGGGGAAUGAGAUUAAGUUUGCCGUUCGGGAGCCCGUGGGACUGAGGUUAUGGAUUCUCCUCUCUGCUGUGAUUUUCACUGUCAUGGCCCUUUUGGCCCUAGCCUUUCCUAACCAACUAUAUGAGGUUGUAUUUGAUCAAGAGCAAACAGCCACCAGUGUUUCUAUACGUCUCUAUGGAGGGGCCAUUCUGAGUCUCUCUCUGAUCAUGUGGAAUGGCUUGUACACUGCGGAGAAGGUCAUCAUCCAGUGGACAUUACUCAGCGAGGCCUGCUACUUUGCCAUUCAGUUUUUAGUGACUUCCGUCACGCUGGUGGAACUGGGUUCCCUUCCAAAUAAUGCCAUCCUCCUCCUCCUCAGUCGCAUCUUCUUCCUCAUUGUCACGCUGUCCUACUACUACCACCUGGGACGGCGGCCAAAGAAAAUCUGAGAGCCCCACACACACCAGCCCAACACACCUGGGGCUCAGGGAGUUGAGAGUUGGGCCGCUGGGCUGGAGAUUUCAUCAUAAGCUUUGAACAGUGACACAGUCAAACAUCACCAACCUGUUCACCUGGCGUUGAGCCUUACUGCAAGGACAGCGCCAAACCCCAGGCCUUUAUUUUAAUUUCCAGCUUAAACACAACACUGGAGUAAGCCUUUACAAGCAUCUCUUUUUUAUUUUUUUGUGGGAAAUGCUCACAAUGUUGUGAAGUGAAUUCUGUUUGUCUUUUGGAUAGUGCGGUGACAGUGUAGCACCCUCAUUCAGCGUUUCUUCUUGUGUAAAGUAUUGCACACUGUAGCCGAGCUUGGAAUGCUGGUGUAACUGUCUGUAUCUACUGUAUGGUUUUUUUAUGUAGAAAUGCCAAUGACUAUUAGAUCCUAGUCAUGUGACAUGUAUAAGGGUGGCUAGUAAACAAUAGAAUGUGUUUUUUACAUGUGGGCUGUUCAUAAACAAUAUAACUAUUAUUAUUAAUGCUGUAAAUGGAGUUAAAAACAUUGGCACCCAGCUCUUAUACUUGAGGAUCAUGACUGCCUGGCGUGUGUAUCUGUAUUCAUGUAGAUGGCUUUAUCACUGUACCAGAUUUACAGCUUGAUUUACAUGGCUACAGACACUCUUCCUCGUGAUUCUCAUAUGGAAAUGGUUAUGAAAAGCUCAGUUUCUAUGCUUUAAUUGACAGACACAACAGAUCAACUGAAAUUGUCCAGUUAGUUAGUCGGUGCAUUGAACUCUUGAGAUUAUGUUAGAACAAAUCCUCUUCAGUUUUACCAUUUCAGGAACUUAAUCAUUAAAGUGUUUUUUAAGGUGAACUAAUUGUCCAUAUUUCAGAAAACAGAUUUAGGUUUUGUUUGUGUCAAUGUGCACUGCUGAAACAACUUUUUAUUUCGGUAAUGCCACAGAACAUGGUUGUGUAGCAUGAUGGCAUGCCACGUUCAUUUUAUCAACCAGUGUAGCAGUAUUUUCCCGAACAUUUUCCUAACAUUGCCUUAAUAUUCUAAACUGCACAAGUGUUCCACAUGUCGGCACACUGGCAGUUGUUUGUAUUGUUAUCUGGAUAAAUCUAAAAAAAAAUAUA